UCCAAACGGGACCUCACCUUCUUCCCGCGUCCACCGCCGCUCGCGGCGUGGGGGAGAAGAACGUACACACCACGACCAUGGCAAAAACACCAUGUCCCUUCUACCUUCUCUUCCUGCUGCUGCUCGCGCUGCCUUGCUGCCUCCCGCACCGCGCCGCCGCGCAGCCCCAGGCGGAGGCGCAGCUGCUCCUCCAGAUCAAGCGCGCGUGGGGCGACCCGGCCGUGCUCGCGGCAUGGAGCAACGACACCAGCGCGGCCGCCGCGGCGCACUGCACCUGGCCCUACGUGACAUGCGACGGCGCCAGGCGCGUCACGAACCUCUCCCUCGCCAACACCAACGUGGCCGGCCCCGUGCCGGACGCCAUCGGCGGCCUCUCCAGCCUCACGCACCUCGACAUCUCCAACAACAACAUCAAUGGGACAUUCCCAUCAAGCGUGUACCGCUGCGCUUCCCUCCUCUACCUCAACCUGUCUCAGAACUACCUGGGCGGGGAGCUCCCUGCUGACGUCGGCCUCCGCCUUGGUAAGAACCUGACCACUCUUGGCCUCAACGACAACUACUUCAAUGGCACCAUCCCCAAGUCGUUGUCCCAAUUGCGGAAGCUGGAGUGGCUGACGCUGGACAACAACAACUUCUCCGGCACAGUACCGGCACAGCUCGGCGACCUGACGGGCCUGACGACGCUGACGGUCUCCGUGAACAAGUUCGAGCCAGGAGAGCUGCCGGCGUCGUUCAAGAACCUGACCAAGUUGAGAACCCUCCAGGCGAGUCAGUGCAAGCUCGUCGGCGACAUCCCGGGCUAUGUGGUGGACAUGCCUGACUUGGAAAACCUCGACCUGGCGAUCAAUAACCUGACAGGAAGCAUUCCUGCGGGGAUUUGGAGCCUGAAGAAGCUGCAGAACUUGUUUUUAUUUGCAAACAACCUCACCGGCCAUGUCGUCGUUGAUGGUGCUCUUGGUGCGGUGAAUUUGGUGGCGAUCGAUCUAUCCGCGAAUCAUAAGCUGAGUGGGCCGAUUCCCGAAGGCUUUGGCCUCUUGCAGAAGCUUCAAAUCCUGCACCUGUACUUCAACAACUUCUCCGGCGAGAUACCGGCGAGCAUCGGUCGGUUGCCGUCACUGAACCAAAUCAGACUGUUCAACAAUCGUUUCACCGGCGUUCUACCACCGGAGCUUGGGCAGAAGUCGCCCUUGUGGGAUAUCGAGGUUGAUUACAAUGAGUUCACCGGUCCGAUACCCGAGGGUCUGUGUGACAGAGGCAAUUUGGACUCGUUCACGGCCACGGAUAACCUCUUGAACGGCUCCAUCCCAGGGAGGCUCGCUGGAUGCAGCACGAUGAAAACCCUUCGGCUCGGCAACAACCAUCUCACCGGCGAGGUGCCAGUGGAGCUAUGGACAGCGAUGAAGCUUGAAUACGUGGAACUACACAACAAUAGCCUCACUGGGAUUCUGCCUACCACCAUGUACAGAAACCUUUUGAGUUUAAACGUGGAGAACAACCUGUUUCGUGGUAGCAUCCCGGCGGCGGCUGCUGCUCUUCAGAAGUUCAUCUCCGGGAACAACAAUUUUUCUGGAGAUAUCCCGGCGAGUCUCGGCAACGGCAUGCCGCUGCUGCAGAAUCUAAACCUGUCUGGUAACCAGCUCUCUGGCAAAAUCCCGAAGAGCGUGGCCAUGUUUAAGGCCCUGACUCAGCUUGAUCUGAGCAGGAACCAGCUCUCCGGCGAGAUACCGGCAGAGCUCGCCGCCGUCCCGGUGCUCAACGCACUUGACCUUUCGUCGAACAGGCUCUCCGGAGACAUACCACCGUCUCUUGCCAGGCUCAACCUCAACGUGCUUAACCUAUCCUCCAACCAGCUCGGCGGCCAGGUUCCGGCGGCGCUCGCCACCGCCGCCUACGGCCGCAGCUUCCUUGACAACCCAGACCUCUGUACCUCCGGCCUGGGUUCCAGCUACCUCGCCGAAGUGCGUUCGUGCGCCUCGGGAUCACCCGCCGGUUCUUCCUCCAGUGGAGUCUCGCCAGGGCUCCGUGCUGGCCUUCUCGCCGCGGGCGCGGCGCUCCUCCUCGUCAUCGUGGCCUUAGCCUUCUUCGCUGUUCGCGACAUCAAGAGAAGGAAGCGCCUGGCGCGGGGCGAUGGCUGGAAGAUCACACCUUUCCAGCCAGAUCUGGGCUUCAGCGAGGCGGCGAUCCUCCGGGGGCUAACGGAGGAGAACCUCGUCGGCCGCGGCGGCUCGGGGAGCGUCUACCGCGUCGCCUACACCAACCGGUACACCGGCGGCGACGGCGCCGUGGCCGUGAAGAAGAUACGGACGAGCGCCGGGAAGGUGGACGAGAAGCUGGAGCGCGAGUUCGAGUCGGAGGCGAGCAUCCUCGGCAACGUCCGGCACAACAACAUCGUCAGGCUGCUCUGCUGCGUCUCCGGCGCCGACGCCAAGCUCCUCGUGUACGACUACAUGGACAACGGCAGCCUGGACGGCUGGCUCCACGGGCGCCGCGGCAUCAACGCGGGGCAGGCCAUGUCGAGGGCGCGAUCCGCGCGAGGCGUCGCGCCCGCGUUGGACUGGCCGACGAGGCUCAGGGUGGCCGUCGGCGCCGCGCAGGGGCUCUACUACAUGCACCACGAGUGCACCCCGGCCAUCGUCCACCGGGACGUCAAGACGAGCAACAUCCUGCUGGACUCGGAGUUCCGGGCCAAGGUCGCCGACUUCGGGCUGGCCAGGAUGUUGGCGCAGGCCGGCACGCCGGACACCAUGUCCGCCGUUGCAGGCUCAUUCGGCUACAUGGCUCCCGAGUGUGCGUACACGAGAAAGGUGGACGAGAAGGUCGACGUGUACAGCUUCGGGGUGGUGCUCCUGGAGCUCACCACGGGCAAGGCGGCCAACGACGGCGGCGAGCACGGUUGCCUGGCAAACUGGGCGCGGCACCACCAUCAAUCGCGGGGCAGCAUCCCCGACGCUACAGACAAGUGCAUCAGAUACGCGGGUUACUCCGACGAGAUCGAGGUGGUGUUCAGGCUAGGCGUGAUGUGCACCGGCGCCUCACCCUCGUCGCGGCCAACCACGAAGGACGUGCUGCAGAUUCUGGCCAAGUGCGCCGAGCAGACGCACCAGAAAUGCAAGGUGGAGGGCGGGCAGGAGUACGAGGCGGCGCCACUGCUGCUGCAGCAGGGCAGCCGCCGGAAACAGCUGUCGAACGCCAAGGGAGAGGACGAUAGCGACGAGAGGAGCGACUUCGACUCCAUUGUCUGAAGAAAGGAGAAGAGGCUGCAGAGCACUCCCUCUCCCUCACCAUUUUAGGGUAAUAUAAACAGGGGAAUAGAGUUAUGAGCUAGCAAUACAUUGCACGAGUGAGAGUAUACACUGUAGCAUAGUAGAGAGUGCAUAAGAUGAUCAUUACGUCUCAACUCCCAAAGUUUGCUCCGUGUCUUGAUUGUGCACUUCUGACCAGACCAACCGAGUUUUGAUACCGUGUGUAAAGAGUACACUGUCACAUAUCAAUAAGAUACGAGAAAAGUAAAAUUAUGUCCCCCUCUUUAUUCUGAAA